AUGCAACCUCCAUCAACGCCUGCUGCUAUUCCAUCUAUUGGGCCAGGAACGCCAGCUACAGCUGAAGCUGCUUCAAUACUUCCACAGUUACAAAAUAUUGUAUCGACAGUUAACUUAGGAUGCAGAUUGGAAUUACAAAGAAUUGCAUUGCAUGCCAGAAACGCCGAAUAUAAUCCAAAGCGUUUUGCUGCUGUUAUUAUGAGAAUCAGAGAACCUAGGACCACCGCGUUAAUAUUUAGUUCUGGCAAGAUGGUAUGCACUGGUGCAAAGAGUGAAGAGCAGUCCCGCUUAGCUGCUCGAAAAUAUGCACGAGUUAUUCAAAAACUAGGAUUCCCGGCUAAGUUUACCGAAUUUAGAAUCCAGAAUAUGGUUGGUAGCUGCGAUGUUAAAUUUCCGAUUCGUUUAGAGGGACUAGUUCUGGCUCACGGGCAGUUCUCAAGCUACGAACCAGAGUUAUUUCCGGGAUUAAUUUAUCGGAUGGUCAAGCCGAGGAUCGUGUUGUUGAUAUUCGUUUCAGGCAAAGUUGUUCUUACUGGGGCCAAAGUACGGGAUGAGAUCUAUGAAGCUUUCGAUAACAUAUACCCAAUACUUAAGGGUUUUAGAAAGACGUAA